ACUGGGGGCACUGGGGCACCGGGGGAAUGGGACACUGGCAGGGACUGUGGAGGGGCAGAGGACACAAGGGGACUCCAGGAGAGGUGAAAUCGGGGCAUGAGGGAGACUGGGAGCACUGGGGGCAUCGAGAGGCUGGGGACUGGGAGCACUGAGGAGGGGUAUUGGCAGCAUUGGGAGCACUGGCAGCACUGGGGAGGGGCGCUGGGCCGACAGGGGGCGCUAUGAACUGGGGAGGAGGGGCAGCCAAGGCUGACCCCCCUGGCAGCUUGCAUGUGACGUCACAACUCCGCGCCGCACUCUGACGCCAUAGUCCCGGCGCCGCGCGGUGCUGCCAUGGCGGCGGAGGAGGAGGAGGUGGCGUUGCCGCCUCAGAAGCGCUUCUACCGACAGCGCGCGCACUCGAACCCACUGGCCGACCACACUCUGCGCUACCCCCCCCGCCCUCAGGACAUGGACUGGGCCUCGCUGUUCCCGACUUUUUUUCCGCCCGACGCCCCCCCCGGGACCCCUCCGGCCCGCGUGGAGUUCGCAGACGUGGGGUGCGGCUACGGGGGGCUGCUGGUGGCGCUGGCGGAGCGCUUCCCGCAGACGCUGGCGCUGGGGCUGGAGCUGCGGGGGAAGGUGGCCGCGUUCACCCGCGCGAGGAUCCGGGCACUGCGGGCGGCACAGCCCGGCCGCUUCGGCAACGUGGCCUGCGUGAGGGGCAACGCCAUGAAACACCUGCCGCACUUCUUCUGCCGCGCCCAACUCUCCAAGCUGUUUUUCCUGUUCCCUGACCCCCAUUUCAAGCGCACGAAGCACAAGUGGAGAAUCAUCAGCCCCGCCAUGCUGGCAGAGUACGGCUACGUGCUGCGCCCCGGAGGCCUGGUGUACACGGUGACAGAUGUGCCUGAGCUGCACCAGUGGAUGCUGCAGCAUUUUGGGGAGCACCCCCUAUUUGAGCCCCUGCCCCCUGCGCAGCUGGGUGUCCCCGGUGUCCCCCGCAGGCCGCGGACCCGCUGGUGCCGCUGCUGCCGUCGGUGACAGAGGAGGGGCAAAGGGCCCAGCGCGCGGGGCGUCCCCCGUGCACUGCCGUGUUUCGCCGCCGCCCCGACCCCCCGGGGACACCGUGACACGCGGAGAGGGGCCGGACCCCUCCCUCACACAGCCCCGUUUUUAAUAAAGUCGCAAAGUGUCCCCUA